AUGCAGCAUAUCUUCAUCAACCCGGACGCGGACCGGCCCCCAACCCGCGAUCUUCCUCGGGCAGUUGUCAUGCCAGAUCGACUGCCACCGGCAAAGGAGACAAAGCAUCAUCCCUCUGAUGGCGGUAACGAGAACGCCUCGUUGUUCUUUGUCGGGACGGCGACGACCAUCAUGUUCGUGCCCAACUUUCUCCCUGCCGGCGAUGAGGCUGCCUUCGGUGCCGGUGUGUCGAGUGAACGACGCACCCAUCCCGCCGUCGAAUUACAUGAUCUGCCGCGCAUUGACCUCGUCCUCCUUUCCCAUUACCACAAGGACCAUUUCGACCAGAAGGUCGAAGCCUCGCUCCGCCGGGAUCUUUCCAUCAUCACCACGCCGCACGCCCGGGUCCAGCUCACCAACAAAGACGAUUCAUUCACCAAUGUCUUUGCGCUCGCCCCCUUCGAGACGGGGAUGGUCGAGGUGGCCGGCACCGGGGGACCGAAACGACCGCUCGUUCGCGUGACGGGGAUGCCCGGGAAACACGUACCCUGCAAUGCGGUGGUGGAGCGGCUCAAUAAACUGGCCCAUGCAAUUCCCCCCACCAACGGCUGGAUGCUGGAACUCGGCACGGGCGCCGACACCAGUGACCCCACCGACUUCACCUGCGGCUACCGCAUCUACAUCGCCGGCGACACGCUGGUCUCCGAGGAACUCUACGCAAUCCCAGAGCGCUUCGCCGACCAGCCGAUCGACCUGAUGCUAGCGCACCUGGGCGGCACGCUGAUCCCGUCUCCGGCACUGGCGCCGCUCGCGUUUAUGGUGAGCAUGGACGCGACGCAGGGCGUGCAGAUGAUGCGGCUGAUCGGGGCGGACGUCACCAUCCCGAUCCAUUAUGAUGAUUAUGCGGUGUUUGCGAGCCCCGUGGAGGACUUCGCGAGGGAGGUGGAGAGGGCUGGGUUGGGCGGGAAGAUGGUGCUUUUGGAGCGGAUGGAGAGUUAUGCGUUUCGGGUGCGGGAGGAGGUUGGCCGGGCGAGGGAGGAGGAGACGUAUUUUGGGGGUGGGGGGCAUUACUUCUAG